UAUAACAUUGCUCUACUUAUCGAGCGCGUACUAUAUACGGGUGCAAGCUGUUACUACAUAUGGAACAAGUGAGCCAUUUUUCUGACAUUUCACUCCAACCUAUAUGAAUAGGCCUCACGACUUUUGAUUGGCUGGGCGUGCGGUUACUCCGACCUAAAGUAUAGGUCGAUAUAUGAACAGGCAAUAUGUUAUGAUACAACACUAUUUUGAGAAUAGAUUAUGAUCUGUAAGUCAAAAUCUAUAAGAAGAUGGUGUCGCUUCUAGUGAGUUUCAAACUCCUGUAUUGCCGGUGAAGUCCUCCACCGACUAUUUUUGGCAGUAAGCAACGUUGAUGCGAAUGUCCAUUUGAUCAGAGAAAAUGGAAAACCAUUUCUUUGAUCCCUUCCCUAUUUGGUUCCCCAGUCAAAGUCAGUCAACGCCUUAAGAGUCUACGCAAACGCAAGUGGAGAAUAGAGAACUGUUUCUACUUUUCCGCGCAUCCGGAAGUCCUCUCCGAUUCUCUUACAAGGACCGACCAACUCUCCAAUCUUCGCAUCGCAACAGAUGGAUAAGACCAAAAACCUAUUCGCAGGCAUCGUGCUCGGGUUGCUGCUUCUCAUUACCGCCGCACCAGGUCCGGUGUCUGCUCAGAGCUGCGGAUGGCGCUACUGCAGCACAGAAGGGGACUGCUUUGGCAGCGGAUGCCAGUCCAGCCCCUGCUAUGCCUACCCAAUGACACCGGCCCCCAGUGGCAUGUCACGUCUUCAGUCCUCGAUGCAGCGAGCAAUUAUCCACAGUUUGGCACAGUAGGGUCAGCCGACGAUUCGAGGCGCGAGAUUGCCGCCUUCUUUGCUCACGUUACUCAUAAUACAGGACACUUCUGCAACAUCGAAGAGACAGACGGGGCGUUGAGGGACUACUGCGAUGACUCCAACACGCAGUAUCCUUGUAACCCGAACAAGCGCUAUUAUGGCCGAGGUCCGAUCCAGAUAUCGUGGAACUUCAACUACGGCCCUGCUGGACAAAGCGUCGGGUUUGAUGGGCUGAACUCCCAUGAGACUGUGGCCCAGGAUCCGGUCAUAUCUUUCAGGACCGCCUUCUGGUUUUGGAUGAAGAACAUCCACUCGAUGAUAACUUCAGGUCAGGGGUUCGGGUCAACAAUCCGAGCCAUCAGCGUCGGAGAGUGCGGAGGCGGAGACACCACUGCCGGGCAGGCCCGAGUCCAAUAUUACACUGAUUAUUGCUGUCAGUUCGGGGUCUCUCUGGGCAAUAACCUCACUUGCUAGUUACUCGACGAACUUUGCUUUGCCAUGCUCCUCGAGUAACAAUUACACUCAAGGCCAAAAAAUUUAGAUAAAGGGGUUAUGGGUAUGCAAUACUAUCUUAUCAUUCACUCAUUCAUGAGUCUAAUGAAGACGUCUCUCAGAUCAACCUUUUGUAUCUUUUUUUUUUUUCCGAUCAAUCAACAUGCUCUUUAUUAA